AUGCAGGGCAUUGCAGGUACAGAUGUGGCAAAGGAGGCAUCAGACAUCAUUCUAACAGAUGACAACUUUACCAGCAUUGUUAAGGCAGUGAUGUGGGGUCGAAACGUCUAUGAUAGCAUUUCCAAGUUUCUGCAGUUCCAGCUCACUGUCAAUGUGGUGGCUGUGAUUGUGGCCUUCAUUGGGGCCUGUUUCACCCAGGAUUCCCCACUGAAAGCUGUGCAAAUGUUGUGGGUGAACCUGAUCAUGGAUACUUUUGCCUCCCUUGCCCUGGCUACCGAGCCACCCACAGAGGUGUUGCUCUUGAGACAACCCUAUGGCCAUGAUAAGCCACUGAUCUCCAGCACUGAUAUGCUGGGACAUGCAAUCUACCAGGUUUGCAUUGUCUUUAUCCUUCUUUUUGUUGGUGAAAAGUUCAUCAACAGUGGGAGAAAAUCCCCCUUAAAUGCCCCACCCUCCCAACAUUAUACCAUUGUAUUCAAUACCUUCAUCCUAAUGCAGCUCUUCAAUGAAAUCAAUGCCCGAAAAAUCCAUGGUGAGAGGAAUGUCUUUGAAGGCAUGUACCGUAACCCCAUCUUCUGUAGUGUGGUGAUUGGCUCAUUUAUCAUCCAGAUCCUCAUAGUGGAAAUCUCUGUCUCAGUCUUCUUUCUAGUCAUGGACCCUUGGAUAAUCAACUCAGUGCCUACUUCAAAACUGACUUUCUUGAAGGAAGCUGGGUAUGCCAUCACCAAAGAAGAAAUCUCCAAGAGAAGCCUGGCUGAGGGACUGGAAGAAAUUGACUGUGGAGAAAUGGAGCUGCGCCAUGGCCAGAUUCUCUGGUUCCGGGGUUCACUUUCUGCUAAGCAGGUCCUUGCAGGUCAAGGACUACCAGGGGUGAGAGGAUCCCAACAAGUGGCGCCCAAACGUGGGGCUCGAAGAGAGGACCCCGCACCCCGUGAGGCCCCUCUGACGCACAGAGGGAAGGACCAUGUCAGCAAGCGCACAGCUGAGCUGCUCAUGAAGAACAACAAUACUCAACUCGCCCGGGAGAGACAGCCAGAUGAGACUCCGGAGGCAACCCGAAGCAGGGCCAGAGAGCCAGAUGAGACUUUGGAGGAGGCUGCCAGGGAGGAGGAUGAGGGGGCCAGCGAAAGGAUGGUGCGGCAGUUCUCCCUGUCUACUCAAACCACCCCCUCAAUCCGCAUGCAAAAACCUGAGGAAAAUAGAAAGACAGCCAUUGAUUCAGUACGCAUUGGCUCUUGGCGCAAAAACAAAAAGGGGGAAUCAUGCAGUGGAAGCAUUAUCUUCUGCGUGUAG